GUUAGACUCUAACUUUUCGCCUCGAAAUCCCUAUCUUCCUCGGACCUACAUAAGACAAUCUCUUCAACAUCGAACAACGAACAACGAGCUCACGUCAUCAAACCACGAGAACACAAGCUCCAGCAUCCUCUGCUACUGCACUACGAGAGAAAGCAAAGCAAAGUCGCGCACAGGCGCGCGUACACACAUCUCCCAAUGGGUCUCUCCUACAACGUCUACCUAAACAGCCACAAGAUCUACGGCUGCAAGAACUGCAAAGCCCACCUCAGCAACCACGAAGAUAUCAUCAGCCGAAAUUUCCGCGGCCAACACGGCAAAGCCUACCUCUUCAACAACGUUGUCAACGUCACGGCAGGCGAGGCCUCGGAGCGCAACAUGACGACGGGCCGGCACAUCGUGCGGGACAUCUCGUGUCGGCAGUGCAACGAGACGGUGGGGUGGAAGUACGAUAAGGCGUUUGAGAGUAGCGAGAAAUAUAAGGAGGGGAAGUUCAUUUUGGAGGCUGAGUUGCUUUGUAAUGUUACUUAGCUCUGGGGAGAGAACGAUGCGUGGGGACGGGAGCUUUUCAUCAGCGUGGUGCUUGGGUUUGCAUUUAUGGAGUUGGGAGAGUUUGGGGAUGGUGUUCUCUUUCUCUCUUGGGGUUGAGAUGCGGUGGGUGUUAUUCGGAGAAUGGGAUGGAUUGCAUGGGGACUUUGAUUUAUGGAUUGGAUUCGAUGGUGGGG